AAUCAAUUGUUAAGGUUCAUGCAAAACAAAAACUAUGUUAAUAUUGCUAAAAGUGAUGAAGAGGAUGACCAUACCUCUUCCAAAAAGAAGGGUAUUUCCAAGACAAACCUUACCGCGGUAGGUAGGCUUGAUAGUCGCAACCCAGCUCUUGGCGAUGAUACCAACUUUCAAAUGCAGUCUUCUGCAUUUAUUAGUGUUGAUAAGUCUCUGUCAGCCAGAGAGGAUAAUACUAAAAUAGCCAAUCAUACUCUUAAGAGAAAUAAUUCAUUUUUAAAGAAAACUCGUAAAAAUCUUAGAGCCAAGAAGAGGAAGAAGACCCAGGAGGAAAUUAACCUCCUUGAGGCUUACUUUGCUAAGGAUCCAUCCUGGGGAAGAAAAACAGUUAAGGCUCUUAAGGCGGAAGUUCCUAACCUGUCUGUUAACCAAAUUUAUAAAUGGGGAUAUGAUAAAAAGUUGUUGAUGAAAAAGCAUAAGGCUCAAGAAAAGGCGAAAAAGUCAUCAACUCAGCUUCCCAAGGUCGAGGACGUACAGAAUAUUAAAUUUGAACAGGUCAAAAUUUCUGAUUAUAAUCUGGAAGUUGAUGAACUUUGUAAAUUAGACUCUACUUCUACUCAAGAUUCAACAAGUGAAAAUACAAAGGUUACAUGAGUAUCUAGAUCAGCUCCUCCUACCAGACGUGGCUCCCACCUUGGUUCCACCAGUGGUGCCAUCAGCCUGCCAACUGCCGCUGCUGAUGACUUCACAGUUGUUGAAGACGACUCUUUCUUCUACGAGCGCAAAGACCAAGCUGUGUUUUACGUAGUCAUCAAUGGCAGCAACAGAGGAAUCCCUCACAGAAGAGCCGGCCGGAGGGGACUCUUCAGGGUCCCAUCUGGAUUUGCGAACAUGGACUUCUACACUUACAAGGAGGAAGCGUUCCAGAAGGAGGGAGACACUGCGUUUUUAGGGGAACUGUACAAGGAAGACUAA